AGGUGGCACUGACUGGCACUGAUGGGUGACACUGAAAGGCAGCUCAGAUGGGCACUGAUAUGUGGCAUGGAUGUGCACUGGUAGGCACUAAUAUGUGGCAUUGAUGUGGCACUCAUGGGCACUGGCACUGUUCAGCACUGACAGCUGGCACUGAUGGACACUGACAGGUGGCACUUCUGGGGCCACACUGAUCAUCAGGGCACACUGAUCAUCAGUGCCCUGAUGAUCAGUGUACAUGACAGCGUGACAGCUCGGACACAGCACACUGCUGAUCGCCACGUAUGCGCAGUGAGAAUGGAA